GAAAUUGUAUUUGCCGCUUUUUUGUUAGGUGCUAAUACCAACCAAUCAGCUGAUAAUGUUUUCAUAGUGUGUACUUGUGUACUAGUGUAUUUGUAUAACUAGCUGGUAAACAUUAAAAAAUCUUCCCUUAACUAUGCCAAUUAUUGAAUAAUAUAUAUUAUCAUAGUAUUGCUAAGUACCUUCUUACUCAGGCCAUAUUACACUUAAAAUAAAUAUAAUAAUCUCUUCCAUCAGUAAUACUUUUUGUUGUUUUGUGUUUUCAACUUCUUUUCAUUUUGCUUGCCAUGAUGAAUCUUAAUGGAGCUAAAAUGAUGGACAGAACUUUUUCAUUGAAUGUUGAUGAUGUUUUCAAAAUGAUUUUCUCUGAUAGUCCAUUUUUCCAAUCGCUCUUGGCCAAAAGAAACACUUAUAAUAUUACCGUUGGUGAAUGGACUGAUAUAGAUACAAACAAUGUUUCAGAUUAUCUUAAAGAAUACAAGCAAUAUCGGAAUCUAUCGUAUACAAUGGAUGUGAACCAGUCAAUGGCUAAAACUGUAUCAACAGCCGAGGUUCAAUAUUUAUAUGCCAGUUCUACUCCUGGUCAAGCAUAUGUGAUAAAAUCAGAGGCAGCUAAUAUGGGAUUUCCGUUAUCAAGCAGUUUUCGAUUUGAUACUGUUUACUAUUUAAGCAGAGGAGAAACCGAAAACAAAUGUAAUUUACAAAUUUAUGGUAAAAUUGUGUCCAGAAAAAAUGGUUGUGGAAUUAAAUCAUUAAUUGAAGAUUCUACAAUUCAAGGAUUAAGUACUUAUGUCGAAGAUUUGACGCGAUCAUUAUUACAACUCACUGAACCUGAUCUUAAAAAUAUAAAUAUAUCCAAUUCAUCAAGUUUUUUAUCCAAAGAAUCUAUUCCCCCAAUUACUGAACCUAUUUUUGUAACUCGUGAUCGGAUAAUUGCUGGCGAAAAAUCUUUAAGUUUAAGGAUAAGAUCAUUGUCUACAUCAUCUUCAUCACUUUCACAUUUUGAGCUCUACUACGAGACAAAUAUGAAUUUAGAUGAGGCUAAACUUCUGACAAGUAAUGCAACUUUAGCAGAUAUUGAGAAGCGUCUUGCAUCUGGUCGCGGAUUUGAAACAUGCAUCAUCACACCGAGUGGAAUGGAGAAUCUUGUUGUAACUGCAGCUAAAUCUUACAAAAAAAUAGGAACUUAUACAUUUCCUGUGGGUACAACUCCAAUUCUCGGAGAAACAAUCGUGCGAGAAUUAGAUCCUGAUGAAAUUAUGUCAACUUUCGGUUCGUCUUAAUAAUAAAAUUCCAUUCUGAGUUAACAUUGA